AGAUUUACUUUUGUACUAGCUAGGAAGUCAAUGAUGUUACAUCUCCCUGCUUUGUGCACUGCAUUUGUCCAACAAUGUCCCCCCAUCAUUCUCCCCACCGCUCACCAUAAUUUCUCCUUAAUUUGCUCGAGCUAACCAACUUAGAAAAUGGAUGCCACCACCACCAAAAUUUCAGUGCAAGCUCCAAUCGAACUGAACUAUGAUCGAGCAAGUGAAUUAAGAGUUUUUGAUGAAACCAAAACCGGGGUCAAAGGACUAGUCGACGCCGGUGUUGCGCAAAUCCCCCGGAUAUUCAUCCACCCACCAGAUAACUUUGACAACCCACAAAAUCCAACCAACACCCAGUUCAGUUUUCCAAUCAUAGACCUCGCCGGCAUCGACAAGGAUCCAAUCCGGCGAAAGGAAACUGUCGGAGAAGUCCUCGAUGCGUCGGUGAACUGGGGUUUUUUCCAAGUGAUCAAUCACGGAAUUCCCGAGAGUGUGUUGGAGGAGAUGGUGGAUGGGACCCUGAGGUUUUACGAGCAGGACACCGAGGUCAAAAAGCAUUGGUACACGAGAGAUUCGUCGAGAGCUUGUGUGUAUAAUAGCAAUUUUGAUUUGUUUGCAGCGCCGGCGGCUAACUGGAGGGAUACUGUGUAUUGUGCUAUAGCUCCUAAAUCCCCAAAUCCAGAGGAAUUGCCUGAGACUUGCAGGGAUAUUCUACUGGAGUACACAAACCAAGUAAAGCAACUAGGCUGUUCUUUGUUCGAGUUAUUAUCCGAGGCUCUCGGGCUGAAUCCUAACCACCUGAAAGACAUGGGCUGCGCCGAGGGGCUUGCAGUUCUGUGCCACUACUAUCCAGCGUGCCCGCAGCCAGAACUAACAUUAGGAACAAGCAAGCACGCCGACAACGACUUCAUCACGGUGCUGCUGCAAGAUCAUGUGGGAGGCCUCCAAGUCCUGCACCAGAACCAGUGGGUUGAUGUACCCCCUACUCCCGGAGCACUUGUGGUAAAUGUUGGAGACCUUCUUCAGCUUGUAACAAAUGACAAGUUCAAAAGCAUCGAGCAUAGGGUGCUGGCGAACCGUGUCGGUCCAAGAGUAUCGGUGGCAUGCUUUUUCACCACGGGAAUGUCGCCAUCGACAAAGCUGUACGGGCCUAUCAACGAGUUGUUGUCCCAAGACAAUCCUCCAAAGUACCGGGAGACCACUGCACGAGAUUUUUCCGCUCACUUCAACGCCAAAGGUCUGGACGGGACUUCUGCCCUGCUUCAUUUCAAGCUCUGAACCCUCAAAAUUCUCUAACACCUACCACUACUUGACGAGGCGAGAGUGUUUCCCACACUUAUUAUGUGUUUAGUUGUCAGGAAUGUUGCCCAGAAAAUAGAUUCGCAGGAAAGGUGAAGUGAUGAGGAAUCUUGCAUGAAAAAUAAAAUUCAUUUCUAUUAGCCGGAUAUAUUUUGAAAGAAAGUGUUUUCCA